UUUAAAUAUUUAAAAGCUAUAAAAAGAACGAAGUUUUGUCGCUGCCAGCAUAAUAUGCGUAUCUUUUGGCGGACUAUUCGAAACUGAUUACAUGUCUCCCUUCUAAUUUCAAUAAAAGAACACCAAACCAAACCAAAGACAAAAUGGAACCGAUUUUCCAUCAGAGUCAACAGAAUUCACAGUCUCAUGGACGACUGAUCAAAGAGAUGCAGAAGAUAUAUGAAAAUAAAACCUUUGAGGAAUUUUGGGUUGAACUGAAGUCUUUCAUGAAAUACUUUAUGGUGAAGUUUGAACGGGAACCUGCCGUGGAGCGUGUAGUCAAUUUUGUGUCCAAUCUAAUUAUAGCAUUAAGUCGCAAAAACAAUGAAGUGCAGGACUUACAACCAGAGGAGGAGGAGAAUUCGCAACCAGAAGUGGUUCAAUCUUCAAUCAUGGAAAAAGUUAUUGCUUUUAUUUUUGAUUCCCACAAUUGUUCUUCACGAGCUAUUCGCUAUCGCUGUUGUCAAUUGACAAAUAAACUACUUGCUGGUUUGGGUGAUGUUAUGCUUGACGAUGAGCUCUGUGCAAAUAUAACCACCAUAAUGCUAGAACGGACAAAAGAUUCUAUACCUAUUAUUAGAGAACAAGCCAUAUAUGCCCUGGCUUGCUUACAGAACCCAGAGGAUGAAAACUGUCCCAUCAUUGAAGCGUACCUGUUUCAUUUGGAGAAUGAUUCUCAUGCUGGCGUGCGACGUGCUGUAGUUGGGUCUAUUGCACUGUUAAGCAAGACGUUACCAGCCAUUCUUGACAGAACUAAAGACAUAACUGAGUCUGUUCGGUGCCAAACGUUUUCCAUAUUGGCUGAGAAAAUCAAUAUCAGGGCAUUAUCUAUCUCACAGCGUCUGGACUUGAUAGACAGAGGAUUAACUGACAGAUCUAUUACUGUGAAGAAGAUUUGUACCAGAAAAUUGUUUCAGUCUUGGCUUCAAAGUUGUGAUGGUAGUUUUCUUGAAUUACUUUACUCUCUUGAUGUUGUCACUAGUUUUAAGCAGUGUGAGAAGCUACUUUUGUCUCUCUUUGAGCAAUAUACUGCAGAAGAAUUAGUUAAAAACUUCACCUUUUUAUCAGAUGACUUGCUGAUUAAUAAAGAAGAAGUUGACUGUGAAAAAGUUGCCUACUGGAAGACUUUAUGUCAGUACCUGGACUCACUUGGUGUUGAUGGUGCAGACAGCUUAGAAAAAGUGUUACCAAACAGUAUUGUGUUUUGUGACUAUCUUAAGAGUUGCAAUCUUGACAAUUGCGUUAAAUCCGAAACAAGAUCUGCUGAAGACGAGUUAGAACUUCAAUUCAUUGUGGAGCAGUUGAUGGGCAUGUUGAAAUUCAUGGAUUUGUCAGACAUUGCUGCAAGGAAUGCUGUGCAGACUUUGCUCCAUGAUGUUUUAGUGUCUGAUAAGACCAACAAUUGUUGGAUUAGUACCAUUGUGGCACAGCUACACAUACUGAAACCAGAUCAAAAGGAACUUAUGAACUACAUUUGUGACUUGGUCAGUGAAAUACAUGAGCCUGUUGUUUUGACAUUGCUGAGCGUUAACGAAGAUGAGAGACGAGCAAUUGAUCUGAAGAUUGCUUCCUUACGAAUUAAAAUUCACGAGCUGCGAGAUCAUUUAGAUGAAUAUGUCAAAAAAGAAGACUAUAUUUCUGCUGCCAAUGUAAAGAACACUCUGAAGCAACUUGAACAGCAACAAGAAGAAUUAAAUGCGUCAAAAAUACCCAGCUCCGAGGAAACAAAUGAAGUGAAGAAUGAUCCAAAGACUCUGUUGAAGUGCCUAACAAUAAUUUGUGAAACACUAAUGUUGAAGAAUGUCUCUGUCAAAGAACCAACCAUUGAAGUUCUGAAAGAGAGCAUUAUUCUUCCUUCCAUCCCAAAUGAAUGCGAUGAAGUGCGAAACCUUGGGCUGAAAUGUCUCGGAUUGUGUUGCUUGAAUUGUAAAGAAACAGCAAUACGACACUUGAAUAUUUUCUUAGAGGCGUGUCAUAUCGAAGUGGAAGUUGAUGCAGUGAAAGUGACAGCUCUGAGAGCAAUCUUUGAUAUUCUAUUAGUGUUUGGAAUCGAUCUGUUUGUGAAUUCUUCAAGCAGUGAAGAAGAUGGUGAAGCUAAUUCUUGUUCAGAGAAUAAUGAAACCGCAAAUAACUUAGAGUCGAAUUUGGAGGAAAGCACUCAAGAAAAAUCUGGAUCCAGUGUAAUGAUAGCACUACUCUGUAAACAGAUGGAUUCUGAGGUUUGUGAAAUCCAAACAGUUGCUGCAGAAGGUCUGGCAAAAUUAUUGCUUUCUGGUCGAAUAGCUGCCUCCAAAGUUCUUACUCGUUUAAUUCUUUUAUGGUUCAAUCCCAUCUCUGAAGAUAACUAUUACUUGUGCUGCUGUCUGGGAACAUUUUUUCCAGUCUUCGCAUCAGACUCUGCUUUGAACCAAGAGCUCGUGGUUGACAGUUUUCUUCCAGUGGUUAAGACUUUAUGCAAUGCUCCAGCCUCCAGUCCCUUGUCCAAAGUAGACACUUCCAAAGUCUGUGAUCUGUUGAUUGAAUUAACCAGACCAAGGCUUCUACCAGGAACAUUUUGUAAGGAAAAUUUAAACCACGACAGAAUUCUUGUCCAAGUGUGCAACGAAAUUCUUUCUAAUCCAAACUCCUUCAGUGUUCGCCCGUUGAGCCGAGUAUUGAAUUAUCUGGAUCUAAAUGAAGAUAGCAUCACAAUGUUGAAAGAUCUUAAAACACUAAUAUCAAAAAUACUCUCUGUUGUCAAAGACAAUAUGAGUUUGAAAACCUUGGUGAAAUUCUCACAGCGAGUAGAUAAAGCUGUGUCUGCAUGCGAAGAAAAAAGUCGAGUUAACAGCAUCGGGCCUGAGUGUGAAACGCCGAAUGGUGACAAUAAUGAUGUGACAUCUGAAUGUGGAACAAAAAGUGGCGACAGCAGCAAUGCGGCGCCCAAGUGUGGAACAGAAACUGACGGUAAUAACGUCACAUUAGAGUGUGGAACAAAUAUUGAUGGGAGCAGUGUUGUGUCUGAGUGUGAACCGAAAUCUGACAGCAAUAAUACAACAUCCGAGUGUGACACAGAAGUUGAUGGGAGCAGUGUAGCAUGAAGAUUGUGUGAGAUUGCAAAAUAAAAUGAAGAUACUGAAGCUUGAUAUUAACGCCAACAACGCCAUGUAACCAAUUGCAGUUCUGUCUUUAUUGAAGAAUGCCAAGUUUAUUUAUCUUCAGCUACUCUUACAAACUCAACAGUUAACAAGGCAGACUGUAGAGCUGAUCAACCAAGCUGAAGUUCUAAAAUCCAUCUGAAUCUUUUUCAUAUAUUUUAUAUACUUGUGAAAUUUCUUUAAAAACAACUUUGUGUAUUGAGUAUUGAGUUUCCCCAGAGUCAGCUUUUGGCUGUGUUCUGGACUUGAGCCAAGUAACAUUCUACAAGACCUACCACAAGUUAAUCAAGUGUUCAGAAUACAAUAAAAUUAUAAUACUUCACUAUGUAAAUCCUAUACCAUUACUAGUUUUUUUUUUUAUCUUCCUCUCUUUAGUGAUGCUAUUACUGAUUUUUGUUUAAAACACUUUUCUCUUUAUGUGAUUUUGUCCUUGUGCACUUCUUGAAGAAGCAACCUUGUUGAAACUUUCUGAAUGGAGCAAUGUUUUGUUUUAUUGGAUGCCAGUUCUGUGACUUAGGAAUCAGAAGCUUCUGGUAUUUCAGCAACAUACAGAGCUGAGAAUAUGCUGAGAGUGAACUGUGCAUUGUGAAAUGUGAUGUGAAUGUUUUAGCAUACAGUUGUCCUAUUAAUUGUUUUUAAUUUAGGUACAAGGUGUGCAAUUUCAAGAGGAAGGUUAGUCAGUUACAUUUACCUCAGUACUUGACUGGCAGUUUAUAUUAUGGUAGAGUUGUCCUUAUAAUAAAAUGUCCUUAUAAUAAAAUGUAUUACUUCAUAACUGAAAAUAAAAUUUAAAAAAAACAUUGUA